AUGGAUGUGUUCUUUGGCGAAUUUGAGCAAGACUGGGAUCUUCUAUUUGCAGCUCAGCCAAGGGCCAGCUGGUUUUAUGGCCAAGGCCUUGACUGGGCAGUGCCACCGCAACUGAACGAAGCUGGUAAAGCAGGAUUGAAGGAAUUACGCGACAGGGGCCUGAUUCUGGCCGAGAUACCCCCGGAGAUUCCUGUCGACCAUGCCCUGGGAGGUCUUUACUUCGCCACCGAUGUCCCCUGCGGUCGUUCCAAGACCAGCAUUGCUUGGGACGGCUUGACUAAUUCCAACUGGCUGCUCGACCGUGAGGCCGGGAUUGCCAUGGUUCUGUUUGUUCAGAUCUUGCUGGUGGAUAGUGACACCAAAAUCUUAUGGAGCAAGUUGGAGAGGGAGGUGUACGCCAUGCUAAGAAAAAUGAAGGAAUGA